CGUAACCACGGUGAGGAGGUCAAGAGAUGAGGUCCGGGUUCACCGUCGUGCUCCUUGGUUAGCGACGGGGAAAGGCAAGCGGCCAUGGCACCCAGGCAGUUGCUGUUACUCCCACAGCGGAGCUCAGCAUCGGCCGCCGCCGCCGCGCCUCGAUCCAUCCCGGGGCCGUCCCGACAGGGAUCACAGUCAUGCGUUGGCGCGAUCACAACCGUCUGGGAUGUUCAGGUGCCAUCAUGGGCACGGCAAGCGCGUCCUCGUAGGACGAUCGCUUCUUUAUCUUCGGCUGCGUGUCAGCAUCACGUGAGCCAUCGUCGGAAGGCGCAGAAUCUAAAGCAUCAGCAACAGCAAGCACGGGCAUCCUCAUCGCAUCGAGAUGAUGAGGACCGCGGCCAGCUCUUCUUUAAGAGCUCUAUGUCAUCAUCGAUCGAGGCAAACGCGGAUCACCCGUACGAAAAGCACGAUGAAGGAGUGUAUGAGGCGCUAUUAUGGCAACGACUCCGCCGAGCCAAGCAGGAUGAGGACCGUAGAGCGCUGCAACCCCAUGCAGCCCCCUCUCUCAGGUGGGCAGACGUGGCGGGGCAGCGUCAAGCUGGUGCUGCCUGGCCGUCGCAAUCGCCUCAGAAUCUCACACCCGACUCAGACAGCAUCCAAGCUUGUCUUCCUCUCAUAUACGGACUCCCGGGGAGACCACCUGCUCCACCUGCUCCACCGCCGCCAGCAAGCGAAUCAGAGCAAGUUGCUCAGCCGCCCGGUCGGGAAGCGCACAGACCUUCGCAGAUGUUCCAUCGCCUGUCCACCAUUAUUCCACCGGAGACUCUUGACAACCUUAUCCUUGAAAAGGCAAGAGCUUUGCUCGCAGGACGCCUCAGACCCAACGAAGCGUCGACCCGUGCCCGCGAUGAGGCACUGACCCUGGUCGAGCGCAUAGGCCCAGCUUCCUCUCCAAAUAUUUCAUUAGUCGAGCUGGAAAUCAACACUCUACUCCUAGGUGUUUCUGUCAAGGCAGUGCACAGCUCCUCGGCUCCGUACAAGCGUUAUUGUCUAGAGAUCGAGGCCGCCAGGGCCUGCUACCUCGAUCUUUUUGCGGCGCUUCCCGGUACGCAACGUGGCAUACCGCAGGAGCUCCUGCGGUUGCAACGUGCAGCCGUCUUCCGGUUAUUUGAGCUCCUCUUUUCCUCAGCCAAUGCAAUUCUGUCGCAGCUGCAGCAGGAGGAAAGGACACUGUCGCAGCUCAACGUCGCAUGCGCGAACCUAGUCGUCUGUGCACGACUCGCAUCGGACCCUCUGCUCAAGCCUUCUACGUCUCGUCUGCUCGUCAAACGCCUGAUUUCGGGUCUUGCGGAGGAGCUGGCAGCGGUGAGGCAAGCACAUGCUAGGAGCUUGCUCCAGCGAGCUGCUAUGGCAAAAUGUGAGACAGCCGCGCUGGAUAAGAGCGUAGAGAUGCAGGAGAAGUCUCACAUGCCAUCAGCGACGCAAGAGGCUCGCGUGCGCUUUCGACUGCUGGAGCGGAGGAUCCGCGCGCUUGCCCACAGCGUCGCUGAUCUGCUCGAGCUACGCGUCUUCACGAUGGAGGAGGAGAAGGACCGAGCGCUCGUCGAGAAGGUUGUGCUCCUAGCUGCGUCACGGCAUGCUACGUAUAAGCCCCUCCUUACGCUUGCAAGAGCGGCAUGUGCGCAGGCACGGGCGCUACCAGCGCCAGGAGAAACGGCGGGGAGCGGGAUUCACUCCGCCGACCCCAUGCUUUUGAGCGAGGUGACUAUCUCGAAGACACUUCGCACGCUGCUCGAUGGGCAGUGCGGCGCACCGAAAGCCAAACGGUUGGAUUUCUCUGCCGAGCGUUACAACGCGAUUCGCGAAUUCUUCUUUGAGAUCCUGCAUCCUGCUCAAAGAUCGCGAGAUCUGCAUUUGGUGCUCCUCCGAUAUUUCGGUGAGGCGCCCAUCUCGAGCAGCCCUCAGCCGCUUUCGGCGGCCGCAUUGGCGGGGGCAGCAGCAACCGCAGACAAUACCGACGACGGGAGGGGCAUGCAUGAUCGCGUCUGGGCGUCGCUCCUCGCCUCCUUUCCAGAUGCAAUUGCGCAGAUGCCGACGUUCGCCGCGCGAUUUGAGUCGCAUGCGAUGCACGGCAAUGCGCAAGGCAUCGUUGGGGAUCUGCUGCAUAUGCAACGUGCGGGUUUGUUCUGCGGUGCCUCUUCGGCUCCUAUUGCUGCUGCUGCAUCGUCGUCGUCUUGUCUUGCUGUUGCGAGAGCGUCCCCUCCGUCGACGCCUACACUGAUGACGGCAACGAUAACGACGACGGCGCGUGGGACUGCGCAGGAUGCAAGCGCAAGUGUGCAGCUGGAUGUGCUGGAUGCAGACAUGCUCGCUCAUGCCGCCAAGGCGUUUGACGCAGCUGCGAAGCGCAAAAAGGCAGGGGCAACAUCAGCGAAGAAUACGCGCCAGCGGUGAUGUGAUGCACCGCGCGACAGAGUGGGCCAUAUAUGAAUUCCCACCCCACUCCCCACGCGUCAUGCGAUGUGCGGGCAUUUGUAGCAGUAGCAGUAGCAGCAAUCUGAUGGAGCAGGACACAGCCA